AUCCGCCAUCCCCGCCGGAGCAUCUCGUCAUCGUUCCUCUUUUUCCUCCCUCCUCCCUCCUUCGGAGUUCUGUGUUCUUCGGUUUCUGUCCUCCCAUUUUGGUGUAAACACGGAACAGAUACAUACAGGAACAAAGAAGCUGGUGAGAGGGCCAGCUUGGUCAAAAUGGCGCGCUAUGAUAGGGCCAUCACGGUCUUUUCGCCGGACGGUCACCUGUUCCAAGUGGAGUAUGCUCUGGAAGCAGUUCGGAAAGGGACAACGGCUGUAGGCGUGAGGGGCAAGGACAACAUAGUGCUAGGUGUGGAGAAGAAAUCAACAGCCAGAUUGCAGGAUGCCAGGACGGUUCGCAAGAUUCACAAACUGGAUGAGCAUGUAUGCCUGGCCUUUGCCGGGUUGACGGCAGAUGCUCGCGUUCUUGUUAAUCGGGCGCGAGUGGAGUGCCAGAGCUACCGACUGACUGUCGAAGAUCCAGUCACAAUCGAGUACAUAACGCGCUACAUUGCAGGCGUGCAACAGCGCUACACGCAAAGUGGAGGGGUGAGGCCUUUCGGCAUAUCCACACUAAUUGUGGGUUUUGAUCCCCACACCAAGCAACCACAGCUGUUUCAGACGGACCCCUCUGGGACAUUCUCUGCAUGGAAGGCAAAUGCAACUGGCAGAAACUCUAAGACCGUCAGAGAAUUCUUGGAGAAGCAUUAUGAGGAGAGUAGCGGUGAUGCCACCAUCAAACUGGCCGUGCGGGCCCUGCUAGAGGUUGUAGAGAGUGGAGGCAGAAACAUUGAGAUUGCAGUGAUGACAUUGGAUGGACUGAAGGUGCUUCAAGAGGAUGAGGUCGACGCAAUCGUCGAAAGUAUCGAGGCAGAGAAAGCAGCGGCUGAUGCGGCAAGGAAGCCAUCUCAAGAAACGAUGUAGCGGCAUGAAUACACGCGCCUUGGCGAGAGACAGCAGCUCCUGACUUCCUCUGUGCUUUUCCCCCAUCAGAUAAAUGCUCACAAUAAUGAUGAGAUAAUGCUUCAAACUCCCUUUUUUCUCUGUUCAGUGGCUGUUCUUACCUUUGGAUCCCAACUUUGGGACUUGUCUUGUUACCUUUCCUUCGUCUUGUGCUUGUUUCGUUGGUGUUUCUUAUUUCGACGUUUUUUUUUUGUUUUUCGUUGUUGUUUUUUUCGGUCGAUUUUCCUCGUUUCAACAGUCACUUCGCCGUUUGAUUCGUGUGUAGUUUUUUCCAUGUUUAGGUAGUUUGGUGGCGUCCUAGUCUGUGGUGGGCCAUUGAAGCCAGUUUUUUUUUUUUUUUUUUUUUUUUUUUUUUUUUUCCUUGUUYUUUCCUUCCCCGGGCGCGUUCACUUCCUCAAAAUUAUGGUAUGGGCGCUGGCACUCGUGGGGGAAUACUUAGUAUGAAUGUGGCAACCUUUGGUGCCCCUCUAUCCGUCCGUCUGUCCGUCCGUCCGUCUGUCCAUCUGUACGUCUGUCCGUUUAUCUGUCUGUCUGUCUGUGUGCACGUCUGUGUGACUGCCUGUUGCCUGUUGCCUGUUCAUCUGUCCGUCUGAUCGCCCGUUCGUCCAUCUGUUCCUUCCUCCCCUCCCCUUCCUGCCCUGCGUCCGCCCCUUCCCUCCAUCCCUCUUCCCUUGUUUGCGUCCCUCCCUCCCUCCCUUCGUUUCUCCCUCCAUCCCUCCCUCGCUCUGUUCCUCGCUCCAGCCCUCCCUCCCUCCGUUGACUGCCUGUUUGUCCAUCUGUUCAUUCCUCCCUCCAACUCCCUCUCUCCACUCCCUUGCUUCCGGCCCUCUCUCCUUCUCUCCCCGCCCUCCCUUCGCUUGCUUCUGGCCCUUUCUCCCCGUCUCCCUCCCUCUCUGCUCCUUCACUCUGCUCGUUCCUCGGUCCCCUCCCUCCAUCCUUAGCUCCUUGUUGCGGAUCAUUCCCUCUUUGGCCAUUUUCUUCGUCUCAUCCCUUCUGCUGUGUCUGCCCUGGUUUGUCCCUUGUGCUACCGUCUUCACCCGAAUAGAACGCCUGGUCAUUAUAGUAGCUGUAUUUGGCCCAACUUUCAGCCCAAAUACGGCGAUAAUUACCGGGCGUUCUAUUCGGGUGAAGACGGUACUUCACAAUAGCAGUGGUGCCCAGUUAACUAACAUGCGACUCUUUCUUUUCUUUUUUUUUUCUUUUUUUUUCCUUUUUUUGUUUAGAACCCUGCACUCUUUCUUGAUCUUAUUGUCUGCCUGAGGAAUCUUGUUGAUUUGUGCAAAAUUGCAAAUUGUAGGGGUGUAGGAUAUCCAUCAUUAUGAUGUGCAAGUCGCGGCAAGAUCCACACCCCCAUUUUCUCAUUUGUCAUCAUGUGAAGUAUUUUAAGCGUCUGCUUGGAAGGAAGUGCUGAGCGGUAAGAUUUCGGGCGAGGGGAGGGGGGGGUGUGCUGUAAGGGGGAAUGGAGUGUUUUGCGAGAAUUUUGAUAAAAGAGGGGUCGUUUUUGGUAACCCUACUUUCGAUGAUGUCCUUAAAAUCUGGCAGUGCUCGAAUGCCACUGCGUUGAUUUCUGAUUGAUUGAUUGAUCAUGGGUGAACUUUUCAUGAAAAUAAUAAAUAAAAUUUAAUAAA